AUGAAUCCUCUCACAAUGAAGCUGUACCUUCUGUUCUUGGGCCUGCUGGUCGCCUUGGUGACUGCGGUCGCCAUUCCUGACCCUGACAAAGAGGCCUCUGGUUCUAUUGACUCCACUUCCGAAGUUGCCAAUGUUUUGUACCCUGGCCAGCCUUGCAAGUACAACUGGGAGUGUCCCUCCAGUGAGCAUUGCUCUAAGAAAGGGCGUUGCACCCUCAAUGAAGGUAGAUGCCUGAAGGACAAAGACUGUCCCAAGUACAUGGUGUGCUCUGACACUCACUGCUUCCCUCAUUCCCGGAAUGAUCGUCGUGACUCCGAUGAUUCCACUGGCUCUGAUGAGGCUGAGGUUGUCCCCGACAUCCAGCUCAAGGCUCCAUGUGUCAACAACACUGAUUGUUCCUCGAAUGAGGUCUGUUCUCAUGGCCACUGUACCCUCAAGACUGGCAGAUGUUGGGAAAACCGUGAUUGCAACCGUCGUCAGCACUGCAUCAAUACGUUCUGCUAUCCUCCUGAUGAUUUGCGUCGCCGCGGCUCGGGUGAUGAGCUUGCUGAUACCAGUAAUGGCCCCAUUCCCACUCCUGCUCCCGUUGACGGUUCCGGCGAGACUGAGGUCGAUGAGACCGAUGCUGAGACUGCCGACAACAUGGACGUGACUCCCUUCGAGCAGGACACCUUGUUGGGUCUGGUCAAGACCGCGGCAAACAAGAGUGGCAACAAGUGCCGUCGUCGUUGCAGGUACCACACUGAUUGCUGUCCUAAGGACCUUUGCUGGAACAUGCGCGUUUGUCUUGGUCCUCACUGAUGGGUUGAAUGAUCUCUUGUUUGUUGAAUUCUUGCCUGACAUGGCUUUGGGGUUUAGUCCUCUUUCUCAACGACCUUUAUGAUUUUUCUGUGUUUUUUUUUUAUCUAAGCUGCGACCGAUUAUGGACCUGUGCUUUGUGUAGCGUG